GAAGUAAUGAAGAAAUUGUUUGGGAAAAUCCAACUGACUUUGUUGGAGCUGAACUGUGUCUUCUAAAACCCUAAAAACCUUCUUUUUCUCCCUCGCGUCUCCCUCACUCAACGCGACAAGUGCCCACACAGUCCGAUAACCAGUGAGAAAUGGCGACACUUCAGUUUCAGCCACAGCUUCAGCUGGCGAAACCCAACUCCUCUUCUUCAUCCUUCUCUGCCGUGUGCCUGCCUCCGCAGAGGCUAUGCUCUGCGCAUAGAAGUAAGCGGAGGGGAAGUACCACGUACAGGUCAAGGAGUUCGGGAUAUGGGAAUGUGAGCUGCUCCUUUUCUCAAAUGGAGAAUGCCAAGAUUAAGGUAGUGGGCGUCGGCGGUGGCGGAAACAAUGCUAUUAAUCGCAUGAUUGGCAGCGGCUUGCAGGGGGUCGAUUUCUAUGCGAUAAACACAGAUUCUCAAGCACUGUUGCAAUCUGCGGCCGAGAACCCAAUCCAAAUUGGAGAGCUUUUGACUCGUGGAUUAGGUACUGGUGGGAAUCCCCUCUUGGGAGAGCAGGCUGCAGAGGAAUCGAAAGAAGCUAUAGCCGAUGCUUUGAAAGGGUCUGAUCUUGUGUUCAUAACAGCUGGUAUGGGUGGUGGCACAGGAUCUGGUGCUGCUCCUGUUGUGGCUCAGAUAUCAAAGGAGGCAGGCUAUCUCACUGUUGGUGUAGUCACAUACCCUUUUAGUUUUGAAGGCCGGAAAAGAUCUUUGCAGGCAGUGGAAGCUCUAGAAAAAUUACAGAAGAAUGUUGAUACGCUGAUAGUGAUACCAAAUGACCGCUUGCUUGACAUAGCUGAUGAGCAGACUGCACUUCAGGAUGCUUUCCUUCUUGCUGAUGAUGUCUUACGCCAAGGCGUUCAAGGAAUCUCUGAUAUUAUCACUAUACCUGGGCUGGUGAAUGUUGACUUUGCUGAUGUAAAGGCAGUAAUGAAAGAUUCUGGAACUGCAAUGCUUGGAGUUGGGGCUUCCUCUGGGAAAAACCGAGCAGAAGAAGCAGCUGAGCAGGCAACUCUGGCUCCUCUGUUGGGAUCGUCCAUCCAAUCGGCUACUGGAGUUGUUUACAAUAUAACUGGUGGAAAGGACAUAACGCUGCAAGAAGUGAACAGAGUAUCGCAGGUGGUGACAAGUUUGGCGGAUCCAUCUGCAAAUAUAAUAUUCGGCGCAGUGGUUGACGAACGCUUUAAUGGAGAGAUUCAUGUGACCAUCAUUGCAACUGGAUUCUCACAGUCGUUUCAGAAGACGCUUCUAACAGAUCCCAAGGCGGCCAAACUGCUUGACAAGAUGGCAGCAGGGAACCAAGAAACUAGCAAAGAAAACCCUCUUCCUCUCAAAGCUACUGCUGCUGCAACUUCGGGCACGGCUUCUCCAAGAAAGCUCUUCUUUUGAUCCUUUGAUUUUUCUCAAUUUCCUUCCUCUCCUCUCUUUCGGUUCAUUAUUGAGAUGGUGUGAUUUCCUGCUCCAAUGCAGCUGUGUAUUGAUUGUGAAGCUCCUCAAGUUGUAAAAUUUAAUUCUCUAUUCCAUGCUUGUUUUUAGUUACUUAAUUUAAGCUCUGGCAAAUAAUAGUAAGCUCCAGUAUCGACAUGAUAAUGGUUUAAAAAGGGGUUGAGGUUCGGUUACGUUCGGAUCUCGAAUUGUGGAUGAACUCAAGAAGUCAAGGACAGUAUCCAAGAAUCGGUACAAAUUUCUACAAACAAUUUAUUGUGCUAUGAAACUAACCUUUUUUUGUAAGGUCAUACACAGACAAAUCAUGUUAAUCC